AUGCCUCCAUCUUCCCUGCAUAUCUUCGGCGAUGUCUUCAGCGUGCUACUUAUCCUGGGCGGUGACGUGGUUGCUACCGCGCUGGCACAGCUGGCCGGGUCGGGUCUCGCCCCGGCGACUUUCUCGUUCGGAUGGGUAGCAUACUCCGUCGGCGCACUCAUGUCCGCUGUUGGGCACAACAAGCUCAUGCCGAGCAGCCCAGAUUGCGCUUGCAAAGUCAUAAACGGCCAAAACGGCUUCGCUAGAGAAAACUCCAGCUGGAUCAUUAGCAGGGUGAUGAGGGACUUCCAGGUCUGGUGUGACCCCCUUGUCGCCAAGAAAAGCCAGGACAUAUUGGACGACAAAUGGCAGGACUUGAAGCGCUUGGACUCGCGCACGACUCGACCUCAACAGGCAGGUCUCGUUGUCUCAGUUUAUCAGCCAAGCAAGCAAUUUGUCCACGGCACAGUUAAGACCGACUCUGUACACUGGAUUGGAUUCCUCACCAUGCUCGCACAGCUCGGUGUUGCCUUGAUUCCUGCAUAUUUGUUUGGAGAUUGGGGCAUCUUGAUCAUCACGACGGGUGGCACUGUUUUGUCCAUGGCCACUGGUUUGUUACCGCAGUGGAAGACGGAGAAAUGGGCUUGCCGAAGGAAGUCUCGAGCGACGUACAUUCUGACCAGAGGAAACGGCUCCCAGCAUGCCAUCGUGAUGCUCGGAAAUGGCCACGGCUUCAAUCUAGAGGGUCUAGCUUCGGGUCAGAGCAAUGUCCAAGCCGCCACUAAAUCGUCAACUCGAAUUGCGCUGCUGGUCUUAUUCAUACUCUGGGUGCUGCUCCUCAUUACCGCCGCAGGCCUCAAAGGUCAUACCUGGUUUCUGCUCGCAGUUGGAGGCCUUGGCAUUGUGCAAAACGUCCAAGUCGCCGGAUGCCCGCGCAGACCGGAGAGCUUUGGCCUUUGCCUCGACUUUGUCGACGUUUACGCGCAUAAAAAGGCCAUGGAAACUCUGCUGGAGACUGAGCGGAAUCACGAGCACGUCGGGCGAGCUUUGGUCCCUGAAUUAUUUCCAGGCGACCUCACAGCAGCCGAGGUUCAGAUAUGA